AUGGUGCGCGAAGACGGUGAGUUCGAGGACGAUUGUGCCGAGCUCCUCAAGAUCCACACGAGGGGCCAGAGGCUGGGCUGCGAGGGCCAGGGCCAGGUUUUCGUGCUCAACGCCGGGAAGAUGUUUCAAUCGGGGAGGGAGGCCGGGAGAGAGCUCCGGCUCAUGUCAAAGCUCCGCGGCUGCGCUGGAGUGGUCUCGUUGGCGGGCUUCGUGAGGAAGAGGAGCGGCGGGGCUUGCUACGGGACCAUGGUGAUGGAGCUGUGCGGUCCUAGUCUGUGCCAUCGAUUGAUCAAGGGAGGGCCGCUGGGCGAGAAGGAGGCCGCCAAGACCAUCCAGCGGCUGGCGGAGGCGCUCAAGGGGAUACAUACCAGCGGCAUCAUCCACCGGAAUCUCAAGCCAGAGAACAUCUUCGUCAAGCUGGACGCUACUGCCGUGCACGAGGUGGUGAUUGGAGACUUUGGAGUGGCCACGGACGACCCCAAGGAGAUGUCGCAGUACUAUGGAACCGGGAAGUAUAUGGCCCCGGAGGUGACGAGCUGCAAGGGUGGUCAUGGCGACGCAAGAACGCAGAGCUUUUACACUACGGCCAUCGACGUGUGGGCGCUGGGAGUGAUCACAUAUGAGCUGCUGAGAGGCUACAAGCAAUUCAGGGAGAUCGAGUUGUUUCGAGCCGGAGAAUUCCCGGAUGGUUGUCCUCUCUCAGACGAGGCGGAGGAUUUCAUCUGUGGGAUGCCGAUCGAGAGGUUGACGCUGGAUGGUGUGCUGGAGCAUCCCUGGAUCGUGGAGAAUUGCAGCAGUAAGAUCAAGAAGACGAUUCAUAGGAGGAGGCGCUGUGGAGUGAAGAGGAGUGCUCCUGGUUUUAGUAGCGACUUGGUUGUGACGAAAUAUAAAGGGGUGAAAUUCAGGCGAGAUUUAAGUGUGCUCGUCUGGGUACCUCCAAAUGGGCCGUUGGCCCUGGGCGUGGCCAACUUCAUCGUGGUCUUUGAUUAA